AUGAGGGCCCUGCCUGCGGAGCAGCAGUUCAAGCUGCUGCUGCAGGAGCAGCAGCAGCAGCAGCAGCAGCAGCAGCAGCAGCAGCAGCAGCAGCAGCUGCGGCUGCCCUCUGCAGCACGACUGCGCAGCCUCCGAGCAGCAGCAGUGACAGCUUCUGUCAUUUCCGUUUUGCUUUCUCUUGUGCGUCUUUACCUGCGCUGCUUCAGUGCUGCUGUGCCUGCCCUGUGUGCUGCCAGCAUGCUGCUGCUGCUGCACAGCAGCAGCAGCAGCAGCAGCAGCAGCAGCAAGAGAUCUGCAGCAGCAAAGACCGACAAGGGGCGCCUCGUGGCUCUGGCUGGGGCGUGGGCUGUUGCAGCAUUUUUGGACUUUACAGCAGCUUGCGACUAUGUGCUGAUUCCGGGUGUGCUGCAGCAGCAGCAGCAGCAGCUGCUGCUGCAGCAGCAGCAGCUGCUGCUGCUGCUGCUGCCGCUCGCCUGCGCCUCCUUCAGCCUUUCUGCUGCUGCUGCUUCCCUCUGCUGCCUCCUUAGCUGCUGCUCUUUUAUUCUUUUUAAAAACAAUUUCGGAGAAGCUCAAAAAGAAGAAAAAGCUCCUCUUGUUGCUGUUGCAGUGCAGGGGGCCCUUGAGGACUGCGAAGAGCUGAGCCCCCCAGCAGCAGCAGCAGCAGCAGCAGCAGCAGCAGCAGCAGCAGCAGCAGCAGCAGCAGCAGCUGGUGGGGCUUUUGUGGGCGUUCAGAGCUCGCCGGAAAACUUCGGCAGCAACAGCAGCAGCAGCAGCAGCAGCAAAUCCAAUAGCAAUAGCGGCAGCAGCAGAAGCAGCAGCAGCAAGCAGCAGCAGCACCAUUCUUCCUGCCUGGAAAGUGCCACGGCAAAGACAGACCUAUCAGGAUCAGCAACCACUAACGAGGACAACCUACAGCAGCAGCAGCAGCAGCACCAGCAGCAGCAGCAACAGACGCAGGAACAGGAGCAGCAGCAGCAGCAACAGACGCAGGAACAGGAGCAGCAGCAGCAGCAACAACAAUUACAAAAGACGCAGCAGCAACAGCAGCAGCUGCAGCAGCAGGGAUGCGUUUGCUGA